AACUCACUAACCUCAAAAUUUCAGUAUUUUAGACAAUUUCAUUGUUAAUAUUGAUAAAAAUCAUAACGAAUUACAUAGAUAUCUAAAUGGCAGAAAAAAUUCAAAUAUUAGCUGGAGAAGUAAUUGUGGAUGCUCUCCCAUAUAUUGAUCAAGGAUAUGAUGAGCCAGGUGUUAGAGAAGCUGCUUUUGCUAUGGUGGAAGAAGAAUGCAGAAGAUACAGACCAACGAAAAAUUACUUAGAAAUAAUUCCACCACUAAAUGUGACUGCAUUUGAGUACCAACAAAAUUUGGUUGUUAGGAUCACAAAACUUUUAAUUAACUAA